AUGGACAAGGUAGUCAACAACUACGCUCCUGCACGACCAAAUGUCAAGACGAUGGAGGAGCUCCUCAACGAGGUGCACGACGUUAACUUUGUGUUCCCGCUCAAGGAGUUAGACAGCGGUAAAGUCCGACUUGUACCCUUUAUUCCUUCAGUACACAUGCCCCUCCUCGUCACCCGCCCCGCCGCCCAUCCGGAACUCUUCCAUCACACCGCCUACGGCCCCCUAGACGACCUCCCAUCCUCUCUCCAAAUGUACGAGGUCUUCAUCCGCUCGAACCCCGGCGGUAUCUGGUACGCCGUGCUUGACCUGACUCGGGAGGAUCUAGACAAGCCAGAGUUGGGCGGAGCAUUUGCGGGGACGAUCGGUUUGUGGGAAGCGAGUAGAGAGCAAAAUCAAGCCGAGCUGGCGUGUGUUGUCUAUCUACCGGAGUUUCAGAAAACUCAUGUGGGGACCCACUCGGCGGGUUUGUUACUUCACUGGCUCUUAGAUUCCCCGACACAAGGAGGGCUGGGAUUAAGGCGUGUGCAAUGGCGCGCAAACGAACUCAAUGCGAAAAGUAUCCAAGCUGCAGAACGGUUGGGGUUCAAGAGAGAGGGAACGCUCAGAUGGCAUAUGGUGCUUUCGGAGGGGAAGGAGGGCCUUGACCCGCCUACGGAGCCCGAUGGACUCACAGGACCUGGGAGGCAUUCGGCGUUGUUGAGUCUCUGUUGGGAGGAUUGGCAAGAAGGAGGAAGGGAGAGGAUUGAGAUGUUAAUGAAUCGCGCCGGAUAAUUGAAGUUGUUGAUGAAUGUAUCGCUUUCAAGUUACCUCGAAGAUCGAAUUCAAGU